AUCCUCGGGCACGUAAGGGUAGUUUUUCAGGUAUGGGUGUUUUUAACCGAGAUCCGCCUGUUUUCGGGUACCCGAUCUCAUGGAUAUUCGGAUCUCCGGUAUUCGAUAUGAACAAGAUUGAAAACACGCUCAACCAAGUCAGAAACUCGAACCGUUUGGGUUCGGGUUUCUUCAAACCACGACGGAUUAUCUCUAUUGCGAUCGUGAAACCCUAUGACAAAGUCGUGAUGGAGAUUCAGGGUGAGCCGUUUGGACGGUGGAGACCGUAGCGGACAAACCGAAUCUAACAAGACAGAGGAGCUGCCACGGCACGUACUUAACGGCGAGCAACACGGCGUUUCUGUUGGGGAUGACGGGGGAGAAGGUGAUCCAAACGGCGUCGUAUAGCAAGCCCAUACACGGCCCGAAGCGACGGGUUUCAGGUGAAGCUGACGUCAUGGUGCGGUACAUAGCUGAGAGCUAACGGAGGAUCACGGCCGUGGAGAAACUCCACUCCGUUACACACGACGAGUCUCUCACGUCCAAGACCAAGGGCUGGAUUCUCUUGGGCGUUAUUAUCGUUAACGGAGAUGCCGGCACUAUUUAAAAUCAAACUUCAUGGCACUAAGCAUUUCAUCAUUUUCUAUUAUUUUCGAUUUUCUAACAGAUAUUCAACCAAUAUGUAGGCUUUUAUAUUAGUACAAGCCUCUAAUAGAUAUUCCUGUCCGUGUUUUCUUUUUCCCUUUUAUUACGGGCAAGAGAACACUAAGAGAGAUACACGUGGCACGCGGUGAGUGGUUGGUGAGUGACCAGGAAGAAUAUGCAUGUACAUAUACUGAUCAGUUGAACAAUUAGGAUAAUCAUAAUUGACACGUUUCUCUCACGAUUGACGCGGGAAAAGACGGGGAAUACACGUAAACACUAAUACAGCCGCAGUCUUUAUUUGCAGGCUAUGCUGACGUGGAAUUAAAGACGGGGUCAACCGGUCAACCAAGUCGUCUUCUUACAUAACCUAAAACUGGUCUAAAACCCCGCCCACGUCAGCCGCGUGCCGCCUUAGACUAGUUGCACUUGCACAGUUAUAUAAAUGCACGACACAUCUCACUUUUUUUUUGUAUAGUAAUUGUUUACAGAAGACGAGCUCCGACCAAAGGGAAGAAAGAACCAGACAUGGAGUUUUUCCAGAAAGCCAAAGCGGUUCGGCUGCAUAGUUUGCACGACAAGUAUCUGACGGCGGAUGAAGACGAAGAGACAGUGAGUCAGGACAGAAACGGUUCCUCCAAGAACGCCCGGUGGAUCGUCGAGCCGGUUCGAGAUUCCUUCCACGUCAUCAGACUCAGGAGCUGCCACGGCAUGUACCUCACCGCCUCGAACGAGCGGUUCCUGCUCGGCGCAACCGGACGUAAGGUGGUUCAGUCGAAGCCGAGCCGGCCGGAGGGCUCGAAGGUCAAGCUCAGGACGAGAUACGGGAAAUUCCUCAGAGCCAACGGCGGAAUUCCGCCGUGGAGAAAUUCCGUCACUCACGACGCGCCUCACAGUACGGCGACUCAGGACUGGAUCUUGUGGGAUGUUGAUGUUGUCGAGAUUCUUGUGGACCCGCGCCCAAAGAUAGCGGCUCCGGAGCCUCCGCCGCCGCCUCGCCGGAGGCUUUCGGAUUCUCCGCCGUCGAUAUCGCACUCUGGCUCGAGCACUCCUUCCUCUGCUUCAGAUGAAUCCGACCAUUUCCCCGGCCAUGAGUUUGACGAGUCAACCGAGUCACGGCCCAACUCGCCGCCAAAAUCGGAAGGGAGGACAAUAUACUACCACAUGGCGGACGAGACAGGAAACGUGGAAGGCGAAACGACCGUCGGAUACGCUUUCACGUUCAAAGGAAACAGCGUGGAGGAACUGACGCAGGCACUGAGGGAAGAAACUAGCAUGGACGAUGUCGUCGUGUGCACGAGGAGUCCCUUAAACGGCAAGCUGUUUCCCCUUCGUUUGCAACUUCCUCCCAACAUCAGCACAAUGCAUGUCGUUCUCCUCCCCGCGGCUUCAAGACGUCAUUGAGUCCUUGUUUCUUGAAUUCAUCAGCGGCACGAGAAUUCGCUUCAGGGAAUUAAGUUAGAACCGAUCAUCGCAUUUCCUCUAUUUCCGGAGCAUAGAUUUAUUCUUUUAUUUAUUUAUUUUUUGAAAACCAGAAUAUGUUUAUAUACAUUAUUAUAUGGCCGAGGGGUCACGGCUUCCAUGCAUAAAAUAUUUCUGUAAAUAAUGUAUUUGUUUGUAAAAAACCAUGAGUGGAGAUUCCUAUUAUUACAACA